AUGAGGCGGUUGCUUGUGUUCUUUUUCGGGUCUCUAGAGGCGUCGCUGUACCAUGUGUACGAAAAUCACUAUAACUACAGACGACUUGGAGCUGGAAAGGCACCACCUGGAAGCCCUCUGCAAUUCAAUCUGAUAAGGCGAAAUGCGGGAGACUCUGUUCCUGAAACCCUGGACGCUGGAAAACUAGCUACAGCAAGAGGAUGCUUUGGUGAUGAUUUCGAGGCAUUGAAUGAAGAUUCAAGCUUCAACGAAGAAGCAGGAGCCAGCAUAAGUGACUUUCCUUGGCUCAGAAAUACUUGCUUGACUUUGGAAACCUGGUGCGAAGAUGAAGUUUGCGAUGCCAAGGAAAAACUGCUGGUCAACCAUCAAUGCGAAAAAUACCAACCGGUCAUCAGUGCAAAAAAACUGUCCCGAAUCGUCAUCAGAUCCGAGUUCCAAAAAGAGCUCAAGAACUUCGUGAGUUCUGAUGAUUCAUAUUCCAUCUUGAGCGAAGUCAAUUUCAACGGCCUGUCGAUUUAUAAAAUCAAGCAAAAUAUUACAUUCGAUUCUUCGUUCCCUUCAAAUUUGGCGGAUUCUCUUCGGGAAAUCAACGCUACAGCUGUGAUUGGAUCGAAAUUGAUAAAAAUUGAAAUCGAAGAUAGCAGAAUUGAGCUCUCAGACGUUGAAGACAUGAACAUGGACUUUUGGGAGCAGUUCAAAAUAUUCAGAAAUCACACGGAACUGAAAAAUCUGACUUUAUUUGGUGAAAUAGCGGCGAAAAACGAAGCGGACGAAUAUAUGAAAGAUGACCCUGACCAGCUCGGGCCGAAGCACCUUACCGAUGAAAUUUUGCUCAAAAACAAUAUUGAACCGAAUAAAGAAGAAUUGGAGAAGAGAAUGAAUACGCUCAGCAAACCACGGGAUUUUGAAGUUUCAUUUCCAGUUCAAAAAUAUCUUGAUGCCGUAAAAGCGCAAAAACAAAAGGAAUUCGACCAAAAAGCUGAUUUUCUCAUCUCUCUUGGAAAACGAUUAAUCGAACGACAAAAAGAAAUACUCAGAAAGAAGGGAAUAACGGUUGAUAAACUGAAUGCUGCAGCGGAAAAUCUAAAGAAGAGACUUGGUGAUGCUUUUGCGAUUGACGAUGGUGUUUCUUUGCGAACAAAUUCCACUCAUAAAAAUUCAACAGAAAUCGGCACUCCAAGAACUCAUGGGUUACUAUCAUCAACUGUAAAGGUACAAAACUCAGCGCUCGACAAAAUGACGACCAUCAACAAUACCAUCAUCUGCCCCAGCUUAUUCACUCACUUCUCAAACGCCUUUUUCUUCACAACUAUUACUGUUACAGCUGUUGGUUAUGGCGCGCAACAUGCCAGUUCUGACAGCGGAAAGAUCUUUAUUUGCAUUUUUUCGCUGAUUGCGAUUCCCUACACGCUUUUUUGCAUAAGUAUUAUUAGCAAGUGGUUGAGACGAUCUGGGGAGCGGCUAGCGGGAUUUAUGUAUGGAAAACCUGUUCGAGAGCUCAAAAUCCAUCAAAAAGUGAUUCUCUCAUCGAUUUACGGCUACUUUUGCUUGAUUUUCUUCUUUAUUCUUCCCGUUAUCAUGUUCCAAGUGAUUGAACAGUGGUCUCUUGUCGACUCGAUUUAUUUUUGCAUCGUGACGCUGACAACUGUCGGCUUUGGUGAUCUUUCCCCAAGUCCACUUCAGAAUAGCGAAGAUUUCAAUGGUGGCAAAUUCAUUAUGUUUUAUCGAUGGAUUUGCUGCCUUUGGAAGAUGAUGGGACUUGCUUUCAUUGCGUUUUUAUUUGAAAUCUACCAGGACAAUUUACGUGACGUUUUAUUUCACGAGGAAGAUGAAAAACCACUAGUCGAAAAUGAGCAUAAAGUUCCAGAAGACCCUAUCGAAGAAGACGAAGAAGACGAAAUUGUCCGUCAGACUCGUUCGAAACGCACUCGUCGAAUAGACAGCACAGACUGUCACCUUACAGCUCAGAAAUCGGCCAUUAAUUUCACGAAGAAUGUCAUCUUUCCUACUGAUAUAGAGCUAAAGCACUGA